ACAGCGUGGGAAAUCAGCAAGCAGCCUGAGCCGAACAGGAGCAUCUCUCUGGCACGCUCUUGACUCAGAAAAGCAAAUACCACCCAAGGACAAAGUGGUCCGAUGGAGGUGACUGAGGGAAAGGCUGGGAAGCCCCUGAUUUCACACUGGCACAUACAAGGAUACACAAGGAAGAGUGAGUGCUGGAGAAAGAGCUGCACACCUGCUUCUACACAGCCCUGGCUUUUCAGAAAGUAGAGGCUGCACAGCCAAGGUGCUCCCUAUUUGUGUGCCAGCCACGGGCUUUGCACGAUAUUGGGACUGCCCCAACCCCAAGUCCACUUUCCUGCCCAACUCCUGCAGUUUUCUUCUGAGGAGCAGGUGAGAGGCAUGAGUUUUGCCAAAUGACAGCAAAGGCACCGACUCUGCACCGAGCAUCCCACCCUCAUGGAGAUGGCCGUCAUGCCCCGGAGGAGUCCAGGCAGCCAGGGAUGCUCAGGCAGAGCAGAUGGGAACAGAAGUUUUUAUAAAGGUGGGGAUAAGGAUCUUCAUGAAAAUAAAGUUUGGAGAGAGAAAGUUCAGCUUUUUGGGGCUGACUUUAUUCAGAGGGUCUGUGUACCCCCUUCCUUCUGGCAGCUCAUUUCUGAGUAAUUACUGAACAUUGGUGCUUCACCUCUAUUUAAGAACACUAAGCGACUAAAACUGCCUGGGAACUGCAAAGAGGAGCAAGAAAUAUUUGGAGACAUCAAGAGACAAGAUACCUUCUGAUUGUAGGUAGGCUGCUUUCCCAAAGGUGGAAACUACAGAAGUAUGUAGAUGAGAAGGAAAAUCUCCCUGUCAGAUCCCAUUGAAAUCUCCAUUUUGGGCACUGCUGCUCCGCUGCUUCUAAGAUUGCGUCAAUGGGCUCUGGAGGGAGCCAGCAGCCAGUGCUCUUCAGAUGGGAGCAUAGGACUUGCAACAUGGGGCCCAGGAAAGACAAGGAACGCGGCCAUGGGAAAGGAAAGCAGAAGGCCUCAGCACCCUUCCCACCUUCAAAGAUGGUCCUUCCAUCGUCCCACUGCAGCGAGCAAAGCCAACACUGGGCAGUCCUCUAAAAUGUUUAUUUGGACCAGUGGCCGGAGCUCUACAUCUUACAGACAUGAUGAGAAAAGAAAUAUUUACCAAAAAAUCAGGGAUCAUGAUCUACUGGACAAAAGGAAAACAGUCACAGCCCUCAAAGCUGGAGAAGACCGGGCCAUACUCCUUGGGCUGGCCAUGAUGGUGUGCUCUAUCAUGAUGUACUUCCUCCUGGGAAUCACCUUGCUGCGGUCUUACAUGCAAAGUGUCUGGACAGAAGAGGCUCAGUGCUCACUCCUCAAUGCAUCCAUCACAGAAACCUUCAACUGUUCAUUUAGCUGCGGUCCAGACUGCUGGAAAAUCUCUCAGUACCCCUGCCUCCAGGUGUAUGUUAAUCUCACCUCUUCUGGCCAGAAGCUCCUGCUCUACCAUACUGAGGAAACAAUGAAAAUUAAUUCUGAGUGCUCCUACAUACCCAAGUGCGGCAAGAACUUUGAGGAAUCCAUGUCGCUGGUGAACGUCGUGAUGGAAAACUUCAGGAAGUACCAACGCUUCUCCUGCUUCUACGACCCUGAAGGUGUUCAGAAGAAUGUGAUCUUAACCAAACUGUACAGCUCCAACGUGCUGUUCCACUCCCUCUUCUGGCCCACCUGCAUGAUGAUUGGCGGAGUCGCUAUCGUCGCCAUGGUCAAGCUGACUCAAUACCUUUCCCUCCUUUGCGAGAGGAUCCAAAGGAUCAACAGAUAAAGUUGGAAACUCCUGGGAUUUAAUGACAGUGAAAAUACUGUUCUCUCAUUCUUCACCAAAGAACCUUAAGUUUGUAACGUGCAAGUCUGUUAUGAGUUCCUUAUUACACUCUUAUAAGUAGAGCAAUAAUGCAAAAGCUGUUGUAUAUGCAAACAUGAUGUUAUUAUUAUGCAGACACCUGGAAAAAAUACUGUUUUGUGUUGACUGUCUAGAUGAUCUUGGUUGAUGCUGAGACUAGUAACUUCUUUCUUUCUUUUCUACAGCCCAGCUAGGGCUCAAAGUGACCAUUUGCCAAGCUUAGUCAAUUGACAUUUCUCAGUGUAAAAGGAUUCUGGGGAAAAUUCACCACUGGACAAAGGGCAGCCAGCCUCUUGUGCAUCACUGCAAGCCUCAUGUCUGGCUCAGUCCAUUCAAUGGAUUCAUGGCUUUGCUUUUAGAUUGUUGGCUGCAGAGAUUAGAAAAAAUAUAUGUAUUAUUGAUAGGGUGGGGGUUUUUUAUGGUCAGAUGGCACAAAAGGAGCAUAUUUCGAGGGCAGGAUAAGUACACAGUAUUUUCAGUCUCAGUAGGACUCGGUGAAGCUUUGUGUUUGCUCCCUCGGUUCAAAAGUAAAUUUUACCCUGUGGUGUUUAAGGUCUUUUGGAAAACAGUUUGGAGUUUUAUUUUUUAUAAAAUACAAAAUUCCUUUCUGUCUUAUCAAUGUCAUCUUUGUCUCUUGCAGAAGCUGUAGCCAAAAACCAAAAUUCACCUUGUUCCAUUUUCUAGUCUAGUCCAAGCCCUAUUGAUGGCCGUGGGACCAGAGCUCCUUAUGUAAAGGUUUAUUACACAUUUGUCUUGUAUUUGCUACCAUAGCACUGUAAAGAAAAAAAAACAACCACAAAACCAACACAAUCAGCUAUUUUUUUCCAUUUUUUACUUCCAACUAUUUUAGAUUUUUUUACUUGAUAUAUAUAUAUACAGAUAUAUCUAUAAAAAGAAAAAGCUAUAUUGUCUCUUCCAACCGGGUUGAUUCUAUGAUUGUAUCUAGUUGUGUAUUGGAACCUGAUUAUGGGGGAGAGGGGGGUCCUUUGUUUUUACCUAUUAGAAAGUGGACAGUGCAAUUCAUGUGUUUAUAACCUUCAUCCUUGGGUAAUAUCACAACAUGGAGGGGCAGCGCCGCAGAAGCGCAUCCAAUAUUCAUGAUGUUGUUUCAGUCAGAGGUCUCCGUUGCUGUGACAUCGAAAUUGACAAAAAGCUCAUCCCAUUCUAUGGCUCUAUUAACUGAAUUGUUAGAUAAUCAUCAUAAUGCAUCUGGAUAUCUCUCCUGACCUUAACUCAGAAUGCAGUGCUGGCUGACGGGGAAGCAGGAUUUAAAAGGCUCAGGUGCAAUGAUUUAUUGGGAUGGCUGAGAUUCUAAGAUGCUGUCCUAGCUGUCAAACAUUUGCCACAGAGUUGCUGCCAGCAUAAUUUCAUGCACACUAUAGUCACAAUUUCUGCAUCAUUUAUUUGUGUUCCCCCUGUAGAAAGCAUUCAUCCUUAUGUGUUAACACAUCUCUUGGAGUUUUUCACUUUGCACCCAUCCUGAAGCACAAACUCCAGGCAGCUCUUGGAAGCACUCUGCAAACUCACUAUCCAAUAGCUCAAAGAAACCAUUUACAAACCUAGCCCAACCAAGAAAAUAACUUCUUUUUUCCCCUCCCUCAAAAAAGGCUGCAAAGCAAAUAUUUCUGCCUGGCUCAUCUAUAUAUAAGUUCAUUUUCCACAACGUGGCAUUAAAAAUCUCAAGAUGCUACAAAACUUUACAAGUCAUGCAAGUGUAACGUGAGCUGUUCUCAGCAGUGGAAAUGAACCUGCAAUCUUGUAAUCAGCAGUAUAAUUUUCCUCAGAUAAAUACAUUCCUGGAGGGUGGGGGUAUAAUCAGGGCUCCAAAAAUAUGUAAUAAAAAAUAUUAAAUCUUCCAGAUUUCAA